CGAUAUCCCAAUCUGAUCCUGUGUGCAGUCUCUCUUACCCUGUUCUUCAUUACGCCAUAUACAUGAGAUGAGGAAUCCCUGUUGCGAUAAGCAAGCACCCAACAGGGGAGCCUGGUCCAAGGAGGAGGACGAGAAGCUCAUUAACUACAUCGCCAUCCAUGGCGAAGUCUCCUGGCGUUCGCUCCCCAAGGCCGCAGGACUACUUCGAUGCGGCAAGAGUUGCAGACUUCGGUGGAUCAACUACCUUCGGCCCGACGUCAAGCGGGGGAACUUCCAGGAGGACGAAGAAGACCUCAUCAUCAAGCUCCAUGCAUUACUUGGAAACCGGUGGUCGUUGAUAGCUGGGAGGUUGCCGGGGAGGACGGACAACGAGGUGAAGAACUACUGGAACUCGCAUCUAAGGAAGAAACUGAGAGGAGUGGGCAUCGACCCUAACUUCCACCGCGUGACGUCGCCGGGGCUGUUGCAGCGCCGGACGUGGCUGAAAGGCUCAACCGACGGCGACGACACGGAGUGUAGCACGGCCGAUGUGGUGGCGAUGAAUUCUGAGAAAGCUCAUCAGUGUAGUAAUUAUGGCGUGCCUGAUCUCAACCUUGACCUGACCAUCGCCAUGGCUUGUGAUCAGAAGAGACCAGGAUCUGAACCAUUGAUCAGUAAUACUCAACAGCUCGAUGAAGAGUACUCUGGUUCUGCGAAGCCCACGCUGCUUCUAUUCCGAUGACACUGUAUUCCAUCGUGCAUGCUAUGGAGUAUUAAUUAGAUGGAUGAAACUACAAACAAUAAUAUAUAUAGGUUUAAUUAAAUCUAUAGAAAAUUCUAAGGUUGAUUAAUUUUAGCUGGCUGUUUUUAAUUUGUAUCAUGUAAUUAAGGUGCUACAUAUAAACAUAUGCUGUACUAGUUUUGGCU